AUGGAGUGGCUCCGAGAGCUCCAGCGCCCGAGGAACCAGAGGACAGUGGGCGUCGUCUUCGCGGUCGCACUGCUCUGCCUGCUCUCGACGCCCUAUCUGUUCCUCGAGCCCCUCAUCCCAACCAACCACACCAACGACUGGAGCCGACGGGACACGUACCCGCAACAACUCCGACUCUCCUUCGGAGAGAUGGAGACGCAUCUUGACCUUCGCUACUCCCGUCAACGGGACGGCUGA